UUGUUUAAUAAAGUUUAAUGAAAAUGAAACAUGUUUAUUUUACAUUUAGCUGUCCAUUUCUUGCUGCCAGAAUAAGUCCCGUUCUUCCAGCUGUUGCCGGUGCUCUAUUUCUGUUUGUAUUUGCCACGUUACUGAGAACGAGUUUCAGUGAUCCGGGUGUCAUUCCAAGAGCUUCGCCGGAAGAAGCUGCUGAUAUUGAAAAAUUAAUAGAAAUUUCAAAUGGUUCAAACAGUCCGACAUACCGUCCUCCUCCCAGGACGAAAGAAAUAAUUGUCAAUGGACAGACCAUCAAAUUAAAAUACUGUUUUACGUGCAAGAUAUUUAGACCUCCGAGGGCUUCCCAUUGUAGUCUCUGUGACAACUGUGUUGAACGUUUUGAUCACCAUUGUCCAUGGGUUGGAAAUUGCGUUGGAAAGAGAAAUUAUAGAUAUUUCUACAUGUUUAUUAUGUCUCUUGCAGUAUUGUGUGUUUUUAUCUUUGCCAAUGUUACUAUUCAUCUUGCUAUGGUUGCUCGUGAAACAAAUUUCAUCGAAGCAAUUAAAGACUCUCCCGCAAGGUAUUUACAGAAAAAUUGUUUUUAAACUGAAGUUAAUAUAAACAAUUUUGACAAGUUUCGGUUAUAGAUAUCAAAAUUAUUGAACUUUAUUAUAUGCAAUGUCUGACCCUUCUUU